GUUUGCAAAGCAUUAGGCUUAAGAAGUAUUUAUCAGCCACGAAUAGACCACUUGCCUACAACACCUUAACGCUUUAUGAAUGUUUAUUAUAAAAAAAAACAAAAAACAUAUCUCAUAGGAAACGCUACGUUGUUCAAAUGCCGCCUCCUAUUUCAACGACACGCGUCGAGGUGGUCUGAUCCGAGCAUCCCGACGGGGCCACAGCCGAACAUCCCCGGGUGCCGGCUGCACUUCCUGCUCCCGCUCUGCCUCCUCUGCGCCGCUCACUUGCGCCCGACCGACGGACGUCGCCUCGCCGUCGUAUUAUUGACGCGUCCACAAAUCCGCAGCAGCCUUCUUUUUUUUUUUUUUUUGCGGCCGGAUCGUGGAAGCGACGCGACGUUCUCAACGAGAUUCCGAUUCUUUUCUUUUUGUCCGCGCAACUGGCCGCGACGUUUGCCGAUGUGCGACCGGGGGAUCGGGACGUGAACACGCCGGCCUGCGCUCCUGAUCGGAGCCGAGGGCAGAGCACGACUCCCCCCGACUCAGGUUGUCCUUGAUCGCGAGUUGAUUUCACCGCGGGGGGGCGGCGGCGGCGGGGGGGGCAGAGGAACCGCGCGGCUCCAAUGGCGUCAGUGGCGAAGGUGUCAAUCCUGGAUUACUUCAACAUUGUGUUCGAGGGCGAGAAUGGCAAAAUCGAGUCCAACUGCAAGGCGUGCGGCACCAGGAUCCAGGCGAAGCGGAGUGUCACGUCCAACUUCGUAACGCACCUCAAGCGGAAGCACCAGGCUAUGUAUGAUGACUUUGUGAAGAGGAAGGAUAUGAAGCGAGAGGGCUACUCCUCUGGUUCCCUGCACAGUUUCACCAGCAAUGGAGGGAACACCCGCUUCAGUCUUCCCAUCAGUCCGGGAAUAGGAGGAGGAGGAAGAGGAGGAAGAGGAGGAGGAGGGGUUGGAGGAAUGGGAACACUGGAGGGAGGAGUAGGAGCAGGCUCCGGAGGAGGGGUGACCAAGUUUGACAGACAUGACCCACGUCAGGUUUUGAUCUCUGAGGCUAUUGCUAAGAUGAUCGUGCUUGAUCUGCAGCCAGUGUCCAUAGUGGAAAAUCAAGGUUUCAGGGAGCUGCUGCAGUUCCUGGAGCCGCGUUACACUCCAGAGCCUCAGCACUACAUCCAGAGCCAGCUCCUUCCGGCCUACGCCUACCAAGUGCAGGUGACCACCCGUCAGGCCCUGGCCUCGGCACAAGCCCUCAGUCUCAGCCUGGACCUUUGGAGGGGCUUUUCUGGAGCCACAACAGGGUACCUAGGUGUCACCUGCCAUUUUCUCACAUCCGAUUGGCAGAUGCGUUCAGCUCUGCUGGCGUGCCUUCCCCUGACCAAUGGCAGCUCUGGGAAUCGCGUGCUGUCAGAUUUCGAUGAGGUGUGCCACUCUCACGGGGUGUCGGGGAGAGCAUUUCGUGUCGUUGCGGAUCCUUUUCAGGCAACAGCAACCACAAAGCCAUGUUGUCUUCCCGGGUUCCUGGUGUCACCCCCUCUGGCCAACACGCGAGAUGACAAUGAUGUUGAUGACGACGACGACGACGACGAUGAAGAUGAGUUGGACAAUGGAAAUGGUGUGGAGGAAGGGAUCAGGAAUGGCCACGGUGAUGGGGCGGAUGAAGGAGAAUGGGAGGACUCCUGGGAGCAGGCUCUGGGUGUUUGUCGGGUGGACUGUUUCUCCCGCUCUCUUGAACAGUGUGUCAGGGAGGGGUUGCGCUCCUGUGCACAGCUCUCCUCCACGCUGGCCAAGGCCGCCUGUUUCUAUAACUACAUUACCUCUGCCGUCCCACCUGAGAAACUCAGCCAGGUGUUUGACGGUACUGGACUGACGAUGGGGGCACCACAACACACCCCGCCUGCGGGUAGAGACUGGGCUGCCCAGCUUAAGGUGCUUCGACGGCUCCUGGACUCGGUGGAGUUCCUGGAGGAGAUGAGUGGUCCAGGGGAGCUGGUGCUGGGGGCUUCAGAGCGGGCCCUCCUGAGGGAGCUCACCGACACUUUGGAGCCCUUCACUGAGGCCUGGGACAUGGUGCACGGGGACAGACAGGCAGACACACAGACGGACAGACACGUGUCCAUCAGCCUGGGGCUGCCGUGUGUCCUGGGUCUUCGCAAGCAUCUCUCUGAGACGUCGACCCCCCACUGCCCCUCUCUCCUGACGGCCCUCAGCCAGGCCGUGAAGCGUCGGCUGAGUCCGAUCCUGGAGGACCCCCUCUACAUCACUGCCACCACGCUGGACCCCCAGUUCAAGCUCACUUGGAGCAGCAGCCCUGACUGGCACAAACAAGUGCUCAUAGAGGAGUUAUCCAAACAUUCCACAGCCUCCUGCCCGACAGAUCCCAACACAGACCUACACCCUCAGUCCCAGACUCCUCCUGCUCCAGCUCCGUCGCCGGUCUCCUCACUUUCUCGACCCUGCAAGCUCUUCUCUUUCAUCAAGCAGAGACCCGCAACACAGGCCAAGAGCCUGGAGCAGGAGUUGACCGUGUAUCUACGAGAGGAGCCCACGGAUGAGGAGGCUUUGCAUUACUGGCGACGUAAGGCAAUUGACUUUCCUCUGCUCGCCCAGGUGGCCAAGAGGGCAUUUACCAUACCUGCCUGUGGCUCUGUGGUGGGGAAUAUUUUCACUACUGCCGAGCGCUGCCUGCGGCCAGAGAGAGGCCGCAUUCUACCAAAGAACCUGGAGACGCUCAUCCACCUCAAAGCAAACUACAGAUUGUUAUGGACUUAGACAUAAGAGUCCAAUAUUUAUUUUAGAUAAACAGCAACUCAAGGCUUUGUACCUUCAGUUACGUCACUUCCUGGAUACCAACCUCUGUUCCCCUCUGAGAAAACAGAGCUAGCAACACAACACAGUCGUUGCACGCCACUGAGAUUGUGUGACAUAACCAGAAAUUCAGUACAGAGGCUCAGUUUAGAAGAGUUUUCCAGACUUCAGUAUGGGUCUGUUGACCAUGCAGCCUGCAUUCAGACUAUUAUAUCACAUGCUGCGGACCAAGGGGACUAGAAGCAGAUCAGUACAAAGUAUAUACUUUGACAUGGUCUUCUCCUGAUCAGGGUCUUAAGACAAACACAACCCCCCCCCCCCAAAUCACAGGUUGAGUCUGAACCAGCCAAAACUAAUAUACCAAUAAUAACUAAAUGGUCUAUUAUUGCAUACUGUGGCAUAUGGUUUAUAUUGAUGAACAAUAAUCAAGGUUGUGACUAAUUCAUUUGAUGUUGUUUUGAAGGAAAAGCAUCAGCAGGUAAAUGUUGUGUCAUCCCCUCCAUUUUCUUUGUAUGUAUACCGUAUCAUUAGGACACAAUAAUAAAUGGGUUUCAAUCCCUGAAGAAAA